AACGUGGCCCCACCCUCUAAUACUUGAUUUCACAACUGGUCAUCGAAUCUGCUGCGGGAGGAAAGAUAGUCAUGAAUUUGACUCUCAAUUUGCUAGUAAGCCGGAGACUGUAUGCCCCAGCACUAGAGAAAUACCACAUGAAGUUCAAUGCAUGAAGGAAUUACUGCUGGCACUAUAACGCAGAGUUUGGUGCUUUCUUUCACCACGCCACGGCACUACAAGGUAAAAUUGUAAACAUGUUACCGGAACCUGAGGCUUCGUCUAUGUCUUAUGCCCUCGGAAAGAGCGAGCAUCAUGUUGCUAAGGUUGCAACUAAAAAGCCGACCCAACUAUCAAGAAGACUGAUAAACUAUGGAACGACCAUUCUGUUUGGUUUGACAGGAUUAGCAGCUUUCGCAUUUAUUACCGUUUUUCUUUUGAAUGAUAGAUCUUUACCAUCGCCAGCAAUAAACACAUGCGGUGAUCCCCUCAUCAGAAGAGAAUGGAGAAGUCUGAAGAAACAUGAGCGGUCUGAGUACUUAUCGGCAGUGAACUGUCUAUAUAACACUAACUCUGAGCUGAUCGGCGCUGGCUCGAUCAUUGAUGACUUUACCUGGGCUCAUAUACGGGCGGCAAAGACUGCUCACGGGUAUGCUGAGUUUUUGCCUUGGCACAGGAUGUUGCUUCAUCUAUAUGAACAAAAGCUACGCCAGCACUGCCAGUUUAAAGGCCAGUUACCAUACUGGGAUUGGACAUCAGACUGGCAGAAUUUAACCAAGUCGUCAAUAUGGGACGACGAACUGGGUUUUGGAGGGCAAAGUACCCAUUACACUCAGGGAAGCUGUGUCUCCGGGCCAUUUUCUCAUGUAGAGCUUCGAUAUGGAGGCAAUGGGACGAUAUCUCCCCACUGCUUGUCUAGAAUCUUUACAAACUAUGACUCUGGGGAGGUUGGGUCUAUGUCGGGAGAGUUGAUCAGACCAGAGAUCAUGGGCCGCUUGGCGCGAUCAAAAGACUAUGCACGAUUCCGCUGGCUGAUAGAAAGCGUGAUUCACAACAUCAUACACACAGAAGUGGUCGGCGAUCUUGAUACUGAGGUUGCUCCUAACGAUCCAAUUUUCUGGCUUCAUCAUGUUCAGCUAGACAGGCUAUGGUGGCAAUGGCAGCAAGAAACUCCGCAGCAGCGCUUACAUGAUUACAAACAACACGAGAGUGAAACCCAAAAACCGACGAGUCUUCAGGAUGUGCUACAUUACAGCGGAUUGGCAGAAGGAGCAACGGUGGGCGAGGUCAUGGGUACAGAAAACAAUAUACUGUGCUAUAGAUACAUGUGACACCUAAAA